AUGUCGUUUCUUCAUGCACAAUCUUGCGAAUGUUUGAAAUCCGAACUCUUACUAUUCGAUAUACCGCCGACACAAACAACUAUCGAGGGAUCGCAUUGGAUUCAUUAUAAGCCUAUAUCAUCUUUAACUGAUGAUUCACCGAUAGAAUUUGUUGUACCUGGCAAUGGAGAAGAAUAUAUAGAUCUGGCUCAUACUAUGCUUAGUGUACGUGUCAGCUUAAUUUAUACAGGAGAACAAAAAGAUCCAUUACCCGAAGUCGGUGUUGUCAACAACUUUAUGCAUUCAAUCAUAUCUCAAGCUGAUAUCUAUUUUAACCAAAAACCGAUAGUACCGCCAAAUAAUACUUACGCUUAUCGAGCCUACAUCGAAACUUUACUCAAUUACGGACCAGCUGCCAAAAAUUCACACUUGAGCACCGUUCUUUGGUCAUGCGAUACAGCAAAUAAAAUGGAUGAUUGUAAAAAUGUCAAUAACGGUCUGGUUACUCGGCGUCUCUUUAUGACAAAUAACAGUGUCGAUAUGAUCGGUCAUCUUCAUUGCGACGUGUUUAAUCAGGAAAAACUUUUACUAAACGGUGUAGAAGUACGCGUCCGUUUAAUACGAUCUCGCGACAGUUUCGCAUUAAUGGAUCCUACAGAUAGUUAUCGUAUCCGUAUCGACGAGGCUAAUUUAAUUGUACGUAAGGUUAAAAUUAGUCCUAGUGUUCAACUGACACACGCAAAAGCUUUGAUGAAAACGACAGCCAAAUAUCCAAUCACUCGAUUAGAAGUCAAGGCUGUAACGUUGCAAAGCGGUAUUCACUCUCAGAGUAUAGAUAAUAUUUUAUUGGGAACUAUACCGAAGCGUAUCAUCAUUGGCUUUGUGGAAAAUAAGGCAUACAACGGCGAUAAAUCAUUGAAUCCGUUCAAUUUCAAAAAUUUUGGUAUUAACUUUUUAUGUCUGUAUAUCGAUGGUGUACAGAUUCCGUCAAAACCCCUAACGCCCGAUUUUUCACGGAAUGAAUAUGUAGAUGCCUAUCACACCCUAUUUUCGGGUACAGGUAUACACUUCCUGGAUAAUGGAAACAAUCUUUCACGGUUAAAAUAUCCCAACGGUUAUUGUCUAUUUGCAUUCGAUUUGACACCCGAUUUAUCGGCUAAUGAUCUAUCUCAUUGGAAUCUCAUAAAACACGGAUCUGUAAGAUUAGAUGUACGCUUUGCGGCUGCAUUGGAAUCUACAGUGAAUUGUAUUAUAUACGCUGAAUAUGAAAAUAUUUUAGAAAUUGACGCGUCUCGACAAGUUUUAGUCGACUUUGCGAGCUAA